AUGGUGGUGGGUGAGUUUUUGCCAUUCUUGUUCAUGCUUGUGGUGCAAAUGGGUUAUGCUGGGAUGAACAUCACAUCAAAGGUUGCCAUGGAUGCUGGCAUGAAGCCUCUCGUGCUUGUCGCUUACAGGCAAAUCUUUGCCACCCUUGUCAUUGCCCCUCUUGCUUAUAUCUUUGAGUGGAAAACUAGACCAAAGAUCACAAAGGCUAUUGUUUUCCAGAUUUUCUUAUGUUCAUUGACAGGGAUAACAGCAAACCAUGCUUUUUAUUUUGUGGGUCUUCAACUUUCAACCCCAACUAUAGGGUCUGCAAUGACCAACUUACUGCCUGCCUUCACAUUUAUCCUGGCAGUCAUUUUCCGACAAGAAACAGUGCGAGUAAAAGAGGCAACAGGGAUAGCGAAGGUGUUGGGGACAGUAACUUGUGUAGGUGGAGCGAUGAUAUUGUCAUUUUACCAUGGAAAUAUCAUCAAUGUUGGUGAAUCUAAGAUUCUAUGGGACUACGCCGUCAAAAUUGGAGGUAGUAACACCACCAACAAUUCAAGCAGCUUCUUAGGUCCCUUGCUUCUCAUGGCUAGCUCUCUCGGUUGGGCAGCAUGGUUCAUCAUCCAAGUGAAAGUGAGCGCAAACUUUCCGGCUCCAUACACAAGCACAGUGAUGAUGUUAUUCAUGGGAGCGAUUGAGUGUAUAUUCAUUGCCUUGAUUCCAGAACACCAAGUAUCUGCUUGGUCACUGAGAACUCCUGUCAGACUCUUCGCAUCUCUUUAUGCGGGGCUUAUAUCUUCAGGAUUAGCAUUUUACCUAACAACAUGGUGUAUUCAGAGGAAAGGAGCACUCUAUGCAUCCGUGUUCAGCCCAUUUAUGCUCAUCAUGGUAGCCAUCUUUAGCUGGGCCUUACUUCGUGAGAAAUUAUAUGUUGGAACUGCCGUAGGGUCUGUUUUGAUUGUUGUGGGGCUGUACACCGUGCUAUGGGGGAAGGAUAAAGAGGCGAAGAAAGCCAUUGAAGAAGAACAAGUGAGCAAGCCAGACAUUAACGGUAUUGAUCUAGAGUUUCAGCAGACUGCUACUCCCUAUAGCUAUUCAAAUGGCAAUCGUCGUUCUCCAAUUUAGACAACUGCCCCUGAUAUAUGUAGCAUCAGCCAGCAGAGAAGAUUAUAAAUAUAUCAGGGAAUGUA